CAGCAGGCUGGAGAAGAGGCAAAACCAUAAUUAAGAAGAGCAUAACUAAAUAGUUAGAAAUUAGUUAAUUAUCAUGUCCCCACAAUUCCUCGUCCCCAUCAUUCUGCUCAUCUCGUCCAGCAGUUUGGUCACAAUCUGUGAAGGGAAGGUGGUCCAAGUCCCAAGGGAGGAUUCGUGUGGUUACAAGAGCUGCCCGGCCACGAAACCCGACCAACUCAACGUUCAUCUUGUCCCGCAUUCUCACGAUGACAUCGGUUGGUUAAAAACUGUUGAUCAGUAUUAUUACGGAGAUCGAAAUGAUAUUCAACAAGCCGCUGUUCAGUACACGAUCGACUCUGUGGUGACCGAGCUACAAAAGAAUCCGGACAGAAGAUUCAUCUAUGUUGAGACGGGCUUCUUUUGGCGUUGGUGGAACCAACAAGACGCCGAGACCCAGGCCAUCGUCAGACAACUAGUGAACAAUGGGCAACUCGAGUUUAUCAGUGGUGGAUGGGUUAUGAAUGAUGAAGCAGGGGCUCAUUACAAUGCCAUCAUCGAUCAGAUGACUUUGGGGCUGAGAUGGCUAAAUGAAACGUUUGGAGAGUGUGCGUUGCCCAAAAUUGGCUGGCAGAUUGACCCGUUUGGACACUCGCGAGAACAAGCGUCCCUCUUUGCUCAGAUGGGGUUGGAUGGGCUAUUUUUUGGACGAUUGGAUUACCAGGACAAAACUGCCCGCAAAAUCUCUCGCAAUAUGGAAAUGAUUUGGUCAGGAAGUCCAAAAAAUCUGGGCAAGGAUGCACAACUCUUUACCAGCGUGUUGUUUAAUGGGUACAAUCCACCAGACGGAUUCUGCUUUGAUAUUUUCUGUACGGACGACCCCAUAAACGACGACCCCCGGCUUUUUGACUACAAUGUUGACGCCAAAGUGAAUGACUUUGUUAAAGCGAGUCGAGAUUGGGCAAAACCUUACACGACGAACAAUGUCUUGAUGACGAUGGGCUCUGAUUUUCAGUACCUCGCUGCUCACACGUGGUACAAAAAUUUGGACAAGUUGAUCAAGUACGUGAACAAAGAGGACAACGGAAUUAACGUUUUGUACUCCACGCCGAGCUGUUACCUUCAAGAAGUCAAUAAGGCUGGAUUAAACUACGGGGUGAAGGAGGACGACUUUUUUCCAUACGCCAGCGAUCCCCAUGCAUUCUGGACGGGCUAUUUCACCUCCCGACCCGCCUUCAAAUACAAUAUUCAACAUGCCAACAAUUUCCUCCAAGCAUGCAAACAGCUCACAAUUAACGAAAUGAUCACCAAACCAAACACAACAACGCUCGACGAAGUGUUCGUACUUGAGGAAGCGCUUGCCGUGAUGCAGCACCACGACGCAGUCUCUGGCACGGCAAAACAACACGUUACCGACGAUUACGCCCUUCGCUUAUCCAUCGGCAUGAAUUCUUGCUCUUCUGCCAUGUCCUCCGCUAUGGGUGGCGAUACCACAUUUUGCCACUCGCUCAACAUCUCUUCCUGUUCUUUCACUGAAAACAGGACAGACUUCUUAGUCAACGUGUACAAUCCGCUGGUCCGCGAGGUUAAAAACGUGUACGUUCGAGUCCCUGUGGUUGGAUCGGAAGGGUGGCGAGUGGUUGGACCGGAUGGCGUCGUAGUGGAAAGUCAAGUCGUCAUGAUACCUUUGGAGGUAACACGGAUUCCUGGGCGAGAGGGGGGCGCAGAGUUUGAAGUUGUUUGGAGAGUGGACUCUCUUCUUGGGUUGGGUUGGGGGGUUUAUAGAUUGAGCCAGAGUGGGGAUGAUGCCGGUCAAAAAUCUGUGCUGCUGAGAAAGGGACCGGGAAAAGGGUUCUCGAGGGAGGAUUUCACCAUAUCGAACGAUGUCGGGCUGACGGUGACAUUUAGUGGGGAAUCUGGCCUUGUGAAAGGAAUCUCUUUAGACGGACAGACUGUCGAUCUGGAUCAAAAUUUCUAUUUUUACGAAGGGAUGAGUGGGAACAAUUCAAAAUUUGAGUUCAGGGCGAGUGGAGCGUACAUAUUUCGACCAAAUGUUAGCAGCACGUCGGCAGCUCCCACAAUGAUUACGUCCAAUAUAUUUUCUUAUCACGUGUACCAGGGAGAUUUACUUACAGAGGUUCACCAAGUCUUCACCGAUUGGGUGAGUCAGGUCGUUCGGGUUUACAAGGGGAGGAAAGAGGUCGAGUUUGAGUGGUUGGUGGGUCCUGUGCCAGUUGGUGACUCCAUCGGGAGAGAAAUUAUCACCCGUUACUCAACGAAUCUCGCCACCUCAGCCACUUUCCAAACAGACGCCAACGGUCGUGAGUUGCUCACAAGGAAGCGAGACUUCCGACCCACGUGGGACUAUAAAGUUAACGAACCAAUAGCUGGGAAUUAUUAUCCAGUCAAUUCUAGAAUUAUUUUACAAGAUGAGACAAAUGGGGUCAGUUUAGUCGUGUUAAAUGACCGUGCACAAGGUGGGAGCAGUAUGAAUGAUGGUGAAGUAGAGUUAAUGCUCCACCGACGAUUGCUAUUCGAUGACGCCUUUGGAGUUGGCGAAGCCUUAAACGAGUCAGCAUUCGGGGAAGGGUUGGUUGUACGGGGGAGACAUUGGGUCAUUCUUGGGGGAAAAGAUCCCGCCCCACUGCAUCGUCCCCUCGCCCAAGAGAUAUUCAUGGACCGGAUCAUUUCCUUCGCUCCGUAUGAAGAGAGCAACGCCAUAAAUCCAAAAAUCUUGGGGGAAAAGACUACGAUAUUUUCUGCCCUGUCGGCCGUCUUACCUCCAAAUGUGCAUGUAUUAACGCUUGAACCAUUAUCGGGAAAUCAGUUUCUGCUAAGAUUGGAGCAUUUUUACGAGAAGGGUGAAACUGGAGGUGACAUUGUGAGGGUGGAUAUUGGGUCCCUCCAUGACGCCAUGCCCUUCAUAAAGUCGAUACGAGAAGCUACUCUUUCCGGGAAUCAAUGGAAGUCAGAGGUCAAACGGAUGGAGUGGGGAUGCGAAGGGGGGUGUGGUGGGGACGAAAGUAGUAGUGGUGGUGGGGUAGAGGGAGAAAUUGUACUGAGGCCGAUGGAGAUAAAGACCUUUGUUGUAGGGUAUUGAUAGAUUUUAGUUCUUAGAAGGGCAUGUACCAAUGGUACAGUACCAUACUGUAGCAUUUUUAUUUUUGGGGUAUAAUAAAAUAAAGGUUAUUCGUUGUUGAGUCGAGUUCA